ACAAUUCUAUUGAUUGAAUGACACAAAAGAUAACGCUAUCCAACUGUAACUGAGUGCUAACGCUAUCCAACUGUAACUGAGUGCUAAUAUUUUUUAUUUGUACUCAAAACUUUUGUUAAUUUGUAAAACAAAAAAUGGAGUAUUUUCUUCUUGUUCCUCUGCUUGCCUUCAUUUACUUUCUUCAUCAGUUCUUCUUUAGCCCUUCAAACACACAAAAGAGGUUAUUGCCACCCUCUCCAACAAAGCUUCCAAUCAUAGGCAAUCUCCAUCAACUUGGUUCACUUCCUCAUCGUUCUCUCCAUAAACUAUCCAAAAAAUAUGGUCCAGUCAUGCUACUUCACUUUGGCAGUAAGCCAGUGAUUGUUGCUUCCUCUGUCGAUGCUGCUCGUGAUAUCAUGAAAACUCACGAUCUCGUUUGGUCAAAUAGACCUAAAUCUAGCAUCACUGAUAAACUCUUUUAUGGCUCUAAAGACGUGGCCUUUAGUCCGUAUGGUGAAUACUGGAGACAAAUUAGAAGCGUUACGGUGCUUCACCUUCUCAGCAACAAAAGAGUCCAAUCUUAUCGUCAUGUGAGAGAAGAAGAAACAUCAAACAUGAUUGAUAAAAUUAGGCAACAAUGUGAUUCAGUGAUAGACUUGAGAGAUGUUUUAAGUUGUAUGACUAAUCACAUAAUCAGCAGAGUGAAUAUAGGAAGGACAUACAAUGAAGGGGAAAGUGGAAUUGCUGUUAAGAAUCUAUUAGAAGAAACUCUUAUACUUGCAGGUACUUUUAACAUUGGGGAUUAUAUCCCGUGGCUUAAAUGGGUCAAUAAAAUUGAAGGUCUGGACAGUAGAGUAAAGGAAGUAGCAAAAGAUUUGGAUGCAUUUCUAGAGCGCGUCAUUGAAGAACGCUUGAUUAGGAAUAAGAAAGCAGAAUUCAGUGCGGUUGAAGCUAAAGAUUUCUUGGGCGUUUUGCUAGAAAUUCAGGAUGAAAAGGAGACUGGCUUUCCUCUUCAAAGAGAUUCAUUGAAAGCUCUCCUUUUGGAUGCAUUUGUUGCUGGCACAGAUUCAACGUAUACAGUUUUGGAGUGGACAAUUACAGAGCUUUUAAGGCAUCCAAGAGUUAUGAAAAAAUUAGAGGAUGAAGUGCGAGAAUUAGGGCAAGGGAAAACAGAGAUAACAGAGGAUGACUUAGGAAAUAUGCACUAUCUUAAAGCAGUGAUCAAAGAGUCACUCAGGCUUCAUGCACCGGUUCCACUUCUAGUUGCUCGAGAAUCAAUGGAAGAAGUAAAAUUACUUGAUUAUGACAUACCUGCUAAAACUCAAGUCCUUAUUAAUGCUUGGGCAAUCGGCAGAGACCCAUUGUUGUGGGAUCAUCCAGAGGAGUACAUGCCAGAAAGGUUCUUGAAUAGUGAUAUUGAUGUAAAAGGAUUAAACUUUGAGUUAAUUCCGUUUGGAGCUGGUAGAAGGGGCUGCCCAGGAAUUCCGUUUGCUAUUAUGGUGAAUGAGUUAGCAUUAGCAAACCUGGUGUAUAAAUUCAAUUUUGCAUUACCAAAAGGGAUAAAAGGGGAGGAUUUGGACAUGACUGAAUGCAAUGGGCUCGCUGUUCGUAGGAAAUCACCUUUGCUUGUGGUGGCUACUCCAAGUCCAUGGUCUAGUUAAUAUUUUCACAAUAUGAAAUAAAUGUGUACUAGUCCAUAAAGUUGUUGGGUAUUUUUUUUUUUAUUAUGUUCUUGUAUUCAAAAUUUCCUGUUUUAACAUGUUCUGCAAAAAUUAAUAUUAAUAUUCCAAAAACAUCAAGCUGGAUGUGUUACUUGUUGUCGUUUGAUGUUUCACCAUCCAACUAGAUGGUAAGUAUGUAAUUGAUUGCAAAAAGAACACCUGCAGAUUGUUGCUGGUAUUGGAAGAAGCUAAAUGCAAUCAAGGUCCAAAUGCAGGGUUGGUAUAACUAAGGAAAUUGCAUGUUCACACAAACUGAGGAGUUACUAAUUAGACAACAACCACGUAUGAGAACAGUUGAGCUAGUGUGGACCUCUAUGGCUCUACCUAAACAUACAUUCAUAACGUGAGUUGACUGUACAAGGAAGAUUACUCACGCAGGAAAGAAAACUGAAACUUAACAUUCUGGUGGAGGACACUGAUUGCUGUCUUUGUGAUAAGAAGGUCAUGGAGACUACAAUACACUUAUUCGCGAAGUGUGAGUGAGCACAGGCUAUGGAAAGAGGUGAAACAAUGGACAAGGAUAGAGUUGCAAACUAAUAGGAUCAAGUAGACAUUGGAAAGAAUAAUGUUGACGCACUGGAAGAAAUUUAAGAAAGAGACUAUUGCAGCUACUUGUAGAGCAAUCUUAUAUCACAUAUGGAGAGCCAGGAAUUGAAAAAAGUUCAAAGGCAAGACUGUAUAUACAAAGGAGGCAGCAACACAAAUCAAAAAGGAGAUUGUGGAGAGAUUACAGUUACAGGUAAUUAGUUCAAAGAGAACACAGAAUUGUAGGAGUUUUGUUCAACUUCUACUUUGUAAUUAAGUUUUUUACUUUGUAGGAGGCCUAAUCCCUGUUACCAGGUAUAGGAGCUCUUUAUUUGUACUGGUAAUCUUUUAUGGUUGUUAAUAAAAAAAAAGGGGAAAAUGCUCAAA